AUGUGUCAGCAUCUGAACCAUCUCUUUGCAACCAAAGUUGGCGCCGACGUGAUGUUCAAGGUCGGCGAUAAGGAGUUCGCCGCUCACCGAUGUGUGCUUGCGGCCCGUUCUGUUGUCUUUAUGGCGGAGCUCUUCGGCCCCAUGAUGGAAGGCACUACAACCGGUGUCAUACAAAUACAAGACAUGGAACCAAACGUGUUUCAUGCCUUGCUUCGUUUCAUCUACACCGACUCAAUGCCCGAGAGGAUGAAGGUGGGAGGAGAAGAGAGAACCGAGGUUACGGGCCUGCGACACUUGCUUGCUGCGGCGGACAGGUAUGAUCUCCAAAGGCUCAAGUUGAUGUGCGAAGAGAGGCUGUGCGGGCUUAUAGAUGUGAGCUUGGCGGUGGCCAUCCUUGGUGUGGCUGCACAACACCAUUGCUGCGGACUGAAGGAGGCCUGCCUGGAGUUCCUCAAAGUCCAGUCCGCUACAGACUUGCGAGGAGUCAUGGCGACCAGUGACUGGGAGCACGUUGCUGCAACUGAUCUCUCUGUUGUGAAUGAGCUCAUCGCUAGGCUUGCUUCGAAAGUGUAGUUCGUUCAUACGAUGUGCUAGAGAAACACCAUGUGCAUGCUCAUGGCACCGAUGGUGUUUAUGUUCAGUUAAGUGAACAUCAACGUAGAUUCAA